CAAUAUCUGUACAACUGGCAGCUCUGCACUGCGUUACGCUGUCAACAGUAUCGAUUGACAGUAACACUUAGCAGACCACCGUCAAAGUGUUUGCAUAAUCUGUUGCAGAUCGAUGUCUUUGAUGAGCCUCUGGCGCCGCUAUCGUGUUGUAAUAAUUUUCCCAACUUUAACUAUCAGUAGUAUUGCUGCAGAUUUAUCGCACACCCGCAAGUGGAAACUGCGCCAGCAGAGGCUCGAAUAAAAUGGUAUUCGGAAUUACGAAACAGUACAUUUUGGCUAUCAUACCGAUGGCCGGGUUUGGUUUCGGCUGGUUUCUGGACAAUAAGGAAACCGAACGCAUGACGAUGUUUCGUGAUAAAAGCGCGUUGUACGGUAGGGUAUUAAAGGAAGGUGAGAGCCCCUCAUGGCCGUAAUAGUGAUCGUUAAUUAUGAUAGUAUGAAAUAUACUGGUUAAUCUCUAA